UCAUCCCGGAAAGCAUCAGCAACUAACCAAGGAAAUGGACUCUCCAACGGUAACCGUGAAAGAGGCCAUCUGGAGCUGGCUGAGCUGGGACCACUGCUGGAAGAGAAAGGGGACCAGGGACCUUCCAGUUCAGCCAAUGCUGAUGACCCGCCAUGCACGGUGACCCAAGAAGAAGAGGAGGAAGAAGUUCGUGUGCUAACUUUGCCUCUACAGGCUCAUCAUGCCAUGGAAAAGAUGGAAGAGUUUGUAUAUAAGGAGAACGCCAUGGAUCUGGGUGGCUGUAAAAUCAACUGCUUGGACUGCCACUCUAGCACAGGCAGGUGGCCUGAACCAAGAGCUGUCAACAGUGUGGGAAGGGCGCUGGAGGGUGAUUCCCUAUGAUGUGCUCCCAGACUGGCUGAAGGAUAAUGAUUACCUCCUGCAUGGACACAGACCCCCCAUGCCGUCCUUCAGAGCCUGCUUCAAGAGCAUCUUUCGAAUACACACAGAGACGGGCAACAUCUGGACGCACUUACUAGGGUUUGUGUUGUUCCUCUUCCUGGGGAUUCUGACCAUGCUCAGGCCCAACAUGUACUUCAUGGCCCCUCUGCAGGAGAAAGUGGUGUUUGGAAUGUUCUUCCUUGGAGCAGUGCUAUGCCUCAGCUUCUCCUGGCUUUUCCACACUGUCUACUGUCAUUCGGAGAAGGUUUCCCGGACAUUUUCAAAAUUGGAUUAUUCCGGAAUAGCACUGCUGAUCAUGGGUAGUUUUGUCCCAUGGUUAUAUUAUUCAUUCUACUGCUCACCGCAGCCUCGACUCAUCUACCUCUCCAUUGUCUGUGUCCUUGGCAUUUCCGCAAUCAUUGUUGCCCAGUGGGACCGGUUUGCAACGCCCAAACACAGGCAGACAAGAGCAGGCUGCCUGCUACGCCCAAAUCCAGAAGGCUGCUGCCUUGGUGUCCAGCACUGUGGAAAAAGAGUGUUUUUGGGGCUGGGGCUCAGUGGCGUUGUGCCUACCAUGCACUUCACCAUAGCAGAAGGGUUUGUAAAAGCAACCACCGUGGGCCAGAUGGGCUGGUUCUUCCUCAUGGCCGUGAUGUACAUCACUGGAGCAGGGCUGUAUGCUGCCCGCAUUCCAGAGCGCUUCUUUCCUGGCAAAUUUGACAUCUGGUUCCAGUCGCAUCAGAUCUUCCAUGUGCUCGUGGUGGCUGCUGCCUUUGUCCACUUCUAUGGGGUCUCAAACUUGCAAGAAUUUCGCUACGGACUUGAAGGGGGAUGUACAGACGACUCUCUCCUGUGAGAGCGUCUAAUGAUUUUAGUACAAGCUUCCUAAGUGCUUUUUAAACUACGUCUUUGCUAAAAUCAAAGGAAGACUCUAAACCGUUUGGAGUUUUUUAAAAAGAAAAAUUCAUUAGCAACAUCCGUAAUGACCAAGUCUUUGCAUACCCUCCGAAUGAUUUGUUGGGAUUGCCAGUGGUGUCCAGUGGGAAGAAACAAGCUCGACCAUUAGUCAUCCCUUCUGGAGGAAAAAGAGAAACCAUCUUCUCCAGACAGUGUUUUAACCGCAUUAGGAUUUUUCUUACCUUUUCAGGAAUUUUUAUUUCUGGAAGCAAAGGGUGCAGAUAACCUGCUCCCUAUCUUAGCAAAGUAGCCUCAUUUUUAGACCACUUCUGGAGAGACUAAAGUCAUGUGUUAUCAGUUCAAGUUCUGGAUAUUCUGCGUAUCCAUAGCAGCAGAGCUGCCUUGGCGAUUGUCUGGAAGCCCAUAAUGCUAAUGCCUGGCAAUGGUGUACACAGAUUCAUGUAACUUAAGUUUUAAUUGUCUUUUUCUUGAUAAAGCAAUGUAAACUUAAAUGAGAGAAUAUUUAAUAUUUAAUACUAAGCUUUAAAGAGACUUGCUGCCACUUCAGUGUACCUGGCUCCAGGGCCAUCUGUGGUAGUAAAGGAAGGACAGUAUUUUAGGGGAAUGUAGAGCUGCUGUAGCCCAUUGAAAUAAAAAGGUCAAUAGUUAUUGUCUUGCUAGGAGCCUCUGUCUCGUUUUGUCAGGUUCCUGGUGAAGAUUAUACUAAUCCAAUGGUUCUUAACCUUUUUAGACUCAAGGCAUCUCUUGGAAAUUGCUAGCUCUUAACAUUCACUCAGUUUUUGACUACAGAAAAAGAAUAGAGCCAUUGCUUUGUUGCCGACUACACCAGAUCAAUAAUGCUAAUAAUUUUGAUGCUAUAAAUUUCUGUUUUAAAUCUCUGGGUUUAUAUUAUGGGAUCUGUACACCUAACACUCUGUUUGAGAAUCAGAGUGGGGCCUUUGUGUACCAAGAAGCCCUGCUCUGCACUGUCUUCUGGAAGGAGUGAAAGGAUAGCUUCUUCCAGGGAUGGCCCAGACUCCAACAAUGUCUACAAGCCCAACAGAGGUCUUGUACAGAAGCAAGACAAUGAGCACAGAAAACUUUGGUAAUGGCCAAAAUUGGAGACUUCACCAAUCCUUAUCUGCACUUAUCUAGAUUCAUGUUUAGACUAGAAGUUCCUCCAGGCCAAGAGUGCUGGAGUACACAAAAGGGGGCAGUUCUUGGCUCCAGGAUGUUGGUCAGAAAGUAACAGUAACUGAGUUACUAAAGAAGUGACCACCUUGUAAUAAGUGGUGGGAAAAAUACAGGAACUUAAGGGAGAUGCUAGAAAAUAGCCUGCUUCAAAGACAUUAAAGUUGCAUAGGAUUCAUGGAAUAUGGACCAAAGAGGAAGGAAAGUCUUCAGACUGCUUAGGCAUAAUGGAACAAUCCUAAAGUCUCAGAGUAUGUGUACUUCUGAGGAGGUAGUACUGAUGUCACAUCUCUACUUGAUUUGUCCCAACUUACUUCACACUUCUAUGUAGACUAAGUUGGGUGGAAAGCUGAGUGAUGCUAUGGAUCAAGAAGAGACUUGGGGAAGGGAAAGAAAAGUGGGUGAAUUGAUCAUUUUUCAUGGUGGCACAAUGUUAACAUCAUAGUUUUUAUAUCCUGUAAUAGACCCUUUGUUUUAAUGUAUAAAAUGUAUAAGUAAUUUCAAAAGGGAGGUUGAGCUAGGUGUCAUUUGGCCGAUGACUUGAAGUUACGCAUUUAGAACUGUGAGGCGCCUUAAAUCAAUUUAUCAAAGCUUUGCACAUAAUUUAUUUGCUGUUGUGUUAAUCUAUAAGAGAGGGAACAUGUGAAUUACUUGUACACACUUCAGAGUUCUUAAAUAAGUGUGGGUUGAGUCAUCACUCCCACAGAUUAGGGCUUCUUGCUCAAUGUGUGCAGCUGCAGGCAAAAAGCAGAAUAUUAAGAUACUGAAGAUAUGGGCUGAUAAAUACAGACAAGAUUAUAAUGGCACUCUCAAAGUGAUGGUUUGCCUUUGUUUAUAAUUCUAUGUACAGUACUGUCAUCCCCAUUUCCAUAGCUGGAUACCACACACCCUGGAACAUAGAAAACAAUUGUUUUUUUAAAGGCAGAACAAAGGAAAAAAAUCUUUCAUUGUAGUAACUCUAGUAGCAACUAGGGAGCUGAGCCUGCUCAUUGUUCUGCUCCCUGUGGAUCACUGCAAAUUUUUAGCUUUACCUGGUAACCAGCAAAACUUGCCCAUACAGUAAGUAUUUCCCACUUAUAGUUUAUAACCCUAAUUUCCUUGAAAACCUGACCAUGUGAGUGGCCCUCCUCUGGACCCUCUCAAGGUUAAUUAGAUUUUGUCCCUCCCCUCUAGCGUGCCCACUU